CAAAAUUUCUGGGCAUGAUCCGGGUUGCAGCAAGCAAUUCUGGCUGUUUCCUCAUUCCCAGGGGGCUCUCACAUACUUCCCUGACACCCAGGUCUUCUCAAAUUCUUCCUUCUACGAUUGCCCUCUCAAUCAGUCUUGGAACGCUACACUCAUCCAAUCACCGGCAUGUGUCCUUAUAGCGACCAGAAGACCAUGGAGAAGUUCUACUAUGUUUAUGGGAGGGAUGAGACAGGCCAAAAUCCUGAUCAAACACUUUUGCGAUUCGACCCAGAAGAAGGCUUUGUGGAAGACAGUCCUUCCAGAGAGUAUGUGAGUCAAGACGAUCACCUUUGCGAGCAAGCUCCUUCUCUCGACAAUGACGACGAUAACGAAACUAGUCGCGAUGGGAGUUUGACUUCUGGAGGGAGUCGUGACAACCAUACUCCUUUCACCACUUAUUCCACGGCUUCCUUCCCUCCGGCUGUCAUCGAUCCAUGGCCUAUGGGCACAGAAACCUUCUCGUAUCCAGAACUCGGCAUGAUGAACAUUUCUGAUUUUGUUUCUUUCGGCCUCUAUACGGCGGCUAGUGAUCGGGACAGUUGUCCCACAGAUUUGGUCUGCGACGACUGGUUGUUCAAUCCGGAUCUGUUGGAGUCACGGUCUGGGGGCUGGGCUCCUCCUACGGGCCUCACAACCGAAACAGCCCCAAGAGAGUUGCAGCUGGACCAAUGUCCACGAAAAAAGAGAUUGUUGAAUCUCUGGAGUAUCGACUCUGAAUAUACGUCCAUAGACUGGGCCCCGAUAUCCCUAGACACACCGCAACGAACUGCUACAAAUCUAUCCACUGCAGAUGAUGCCGUCGAACACACCGUUCUGUUUCCCUUUUCAGAAGCUAGCACGAUUGCUGUCAGCCCAGAGAGAAAGUACAUCGCUGAGCUGGCUGGCGAAAUAUACAAUAGACUACGUCAUCUCGCCGACUCUGAGGUUCUGCGAUCUUGGAACUCAACUUUGUCGAAUACAAUUCGAGCAUUUGCCAUCCAAUUUGGCACGGAGAGCUCGUCAUUCAACUCCAAAACAUGAUGCCAACCCUUGACCAUGACGACGACGACGACGAUGAUGAUGACGAAGACGUUCAAAGUUCCCAGAGUCAUCUCAUUGCCGAGAAUCAUGACAACAUGUCCGUGGAGGAUAAGAUGAGUCUUUGGGAGGAGGC